AUGUGCGGGUCGGUGGGGGAGGGAGCGCCGGGAAGGAGGCCUUGCUCGGGAUCACUUUAUACCUGCAGGAAGCACUUCAACGUGCUAAGCCCUCCUCCUAAGCCCUUCCACAGCAGCAUCCGCUUCACCAAGAAGCAGCGUUUUCCUGAGACCAUCAUCUCGCCCAGUAAACCGAUUCCCGCCCACCCAGCCCCAGGAGCCCUUCUGCUCGGGGAGGCCGCAGACAACCUGCGGCUGGAGGAUCACCCCGCGCCCCUGCGGCUGGCGGCGGGGAGAGAACCUCUCGGGAAACUUUUAGGACCGGCGGGGCCCGGCCCCCAAAUCCGCCCUCUUAUUGGUCCAUCAGGCGGGGUGACGCACGGAAAGGGCGUGGGGUCGGUACGGGCCGGAGUCCAUCAACGCGCAUGCGCCUUGUGGAGUGAGUGUGUGAUUGACAGCAGGGGCUGUGUGCGCGUGCGCGGGCCCAAAGGUGCGAAUUUGGCGCCCCGCGUGUGGUGGGACAGCAGCGUUCUCGGGGUGGGCGGGUCCGCGUGGAAAAGGCCCAGGGCUUGCGCGGCGGGCGCGCAGGGCAGCGGUCCGCCGGGGCGAGGGAUACCCAGCUCUCCCAGGAGCUCAAUUCCCGGCACAAAGGGCCUCUUCCGGUCUGAGUCUUGGGAGUCGGUUUCCCCCGUCGAAGUGAUUUCGCCCGAGUCCGCCCGGCGCGGCUGUAAAUCACCCCCCGCCCCGCAUCGCACCACCCCCCCGCCCCCGGCCGCUCUCUGGAGCCGGGGCGGGGGCGCGGGGACGCCGGGAGGCGCAGGGCUGGGCUUGCGGCCACCCGAGGCCCGCGGCCGCAGCUGGAUCGGCCGCCUCCGGAGCGGCGGCGGGGGUUAA